AUGCUUUCCGUCAAACUGCGAUACCAGGAUAUGCUGAAGCAAGUCAAGAUUGCGACUGUGCCCCAGGUGUAUCGUUUCGCCAGGUAUGAUCCGAUUCCCUGGAGCGAAUGGUCGUAUGGCCAGCGCUACCUCCCACCGUCAUUUCAUGCAGUGGACAACUUUGACAUCGUUGAGAACUGGUUGGGUGACAAACCAUGGCUGACAAAAUAUCGGUUCUUACAUCCACAGGGCGUACAACAAUCUGCACUCGUGAUUGGUAUGGUGCUGAGGGACCUCACACGAUCUCAGUUCAUUGAGGAGGGCGAACCGACGAACCUUUCUGACUAUGUGGUGAACUCGGCGAUCUCAUUCGACGCAGUAGAGCAGCUGCUUCGCUGUUGUGAGAUCAUUACCUUGGACAUGGUGGAAGGGAACGUCACCCAUGCCAUGGUGAAGCCAGUGAGCAAGCCUGCCAUACGCAGUGCCCCUCAAGGUGGUGAUGGCCUUGGGGGCCAGGAGGAGCAGGAAGGUGAUGCCUCUGCAAGAACUCACAAUGGCGCUGCUACUGCUGCCAAAGUUUACAAGGCUCACCAGCCUGCUGCCAUGGCCAACAACCCAAUCAUUCCAAGUGGAGGAGAUGAAGGGCUGAGCCAGGAGACCAGUGGUGGGGCCUCUGAUGAUGAUGAAGAGGACAAUGCACACUUGUCCAUACCUAGCAGUGCCACAGAAGGCCAUCCGUCAGGUCAAGCCAAAGUGCUCCAGGGAAGGUCGAUCACCGAUGCCCUUCAGAGUAAUAUCCCCAGCAGGAUCACUCGCAGUCAGUGUCAAGCGAUGGAUGAGUCGCCCACCAAGAAUACCCGUAGUCAGCAUCCACUAGGAGCUGUUAAAGAUUUGAAGAAGCUUUCUGAUCCAAAGCGGAAAUGUCAACCAGCACAUCCUGAGCCCGAUGGCGAAGACAGCUCUGGCGAAGACAAUCUGCCACCUCGGAAGCGUGGACGUGAUACUCGGGACGAGUUGGUAGUGGCCUCGCUGAGGAAGAAGAAUGCGAGGGCCGAGGACUCGGAUGAUGGUGACAAGCCUCCCGCAAAGCGAAGAUGA